UUGAGUACGCCACUUCUGAAUUAUUCACGUGGAUAUCCGCAUACACAAUCGAUUGACCCAAUGGGAGCUGGGGAAGAGGCUUCAACUCAGGAGACACCAACCGCACCUACAUAUCCUGAUUGGUCAAGCUCUAUGCAGGCUUAUUAUAGUGCUGGAGCUACUCCUCCCUUCUUUGCUUCACCUGUUGCGUCUCCUGCUCCCCACCCAUACUUGUGGGGAGGUCAGCACCCUGUUAUGCCUCCUUAUGGGACUCCAGUCCCAUAUCCAGCUUUAUAUCCUCCUGCCGGAGUUUAUGCUCAUCCUAACAUGGCCACGCAGACUCCAAAUACUGCGCAGGCAAAUCCUGAAUCAGAUGGUAAGGGGCCUGAAGGAAAGGAUCGGAAUUCGAGCAAAAAGUUAAAAGCCAGUUCUGGUGGCAAGGCAGGCGACAGUGGGAAAGUUACUUCGGGUUCUGGAAAUGAUGGUGCCACACAAAGUGAUGAAAGCAGAAGUGAAGGUACAUCGGAUACAAAUGAUGAAAAUGAUAACCAUGAAUUUGCUGCAAACAAGAAGGGAAGCUUUGAUCAGAUGCUUGCAGAUGGAGCCAGUGCACAGAAUAAUCCUGCAACAGCGAAUUACCCGACUUCUAUGCAUGGAAAUCCUGUCACUGUGCCUGUAACUAACCUAAAUGUUGGAAUGGAUGUGUGGAAUGCAUCAUCUGGAGCGAUCAAAGUACAGCCAAAUGCGACUGGUCAAGUUAUAGGUCAUGAAGGAAGGAUGAAUGAUCAGUGGAUUCAGGACGAGCGUGAACUUAAAAGGCAAAAGAGAAAGCAAUCUAAUAGGGAGUCAGCUAGGAGGUCAAGGCUACGCAAGCAGGUAUGAGUUAUUUUUUGUAGAUAACGUUACUCUUUCCAUCUUUUCCCAGUCAGAGUUGACUGUAUGUCUUUUA